AAAUCACUCGUCGUCAUUUGCUUCAAAAUCUUGCUCAUGGCACCUCCUCGGGCUCCUCUAUCUCUCUUCUUAUUGUACAUGUGCUGCUCUGUUCUUCCUCUGGCGAGAUCAGGCGAUUCGGAAGCACUUCUAACUCUCAAGUCUUUAAUUGAUCGUUCGAGCAUACUACAAUGGCAAGGAAGCGACAUUUGCCGGUGGCAAGGGGUGAAGGAAUGCAAGAAUGGCAGGGUAACAAAACUCGUCCUCGAACACUUGAACUUGACCGGUGAACUGGAAGAGAAAAGCUUAAAUCACUUAGAUCAGCUCCGCGUUCUGAGUUUCAAAGGGAACUCCAUUGAUGGUCAAAUCCCAAACCUCUCCGGAUUGGUCAAUCUCAAAUCUCUCUUUCUCAACGACAACAACUUCUCUGGCAACUUCCCUACAUCCCUCUCGCUCCUUCAUCGGCUCAAAGUCGUCGUACUCUCCGGCAACCAAAUCUCCGUCCAAUCCCCGACUCUCUUCUCAAGCUCCGGCGACUCUAUGUUCUGUACUUGCAAGACAACCGCCUUAGUGGUCCAAUCCCUUCCCUCAACCAAACAAGCCUCCGAUUCCUCAAUAUCUCAAACAACCAACUAUCCGGUGAAAUCCCGCUCACCUCAGCUCUUGUUCGGUUUAAUGCAUCGAAACAUUGCCCUGUGCGGCGAGCAAAUUCAUAAGCAGUGUAAUGCGAGCCCUGGGUCAGCUCCUUCUAUGAGUCCGGGCGAUUCAACAGUGCCGUGGAAGAAGAAACCUGGCAACAACAAAAAUCGUAGGAAACUUGUAGCAAUAAUCGCAGGAAGCAUCGGAGGAUUUGUGUUAUUGUUGGUAUGUUUGAUUGUGUUAUGUUUGCUUGUGAGAAGAAGAAAGAGAAGUAACAGCAACACAAGAGAGGUGGGGAGCAAAGUGGGUGGCGGAGAAGGGGUGGAGGAAGGGGAGGGCAGCGGAGGCGGAGGAGGAGGAGGGGCAAAGCAAGGUGGAGGAUUUUCGUGGGAAGGAGAGGGGGUGGGGAGUUUGGUGUUUAUAGGGGCAGGGGAAGAGCAGAUGAAUUACAGCCUGGAGGAUCUGCUCAAAGCGUCGGCGGAGACGCUGGGGAGAGGAAGCAUGGGGAGCACGUACAAAGCGGUGAUGGAGACGGGGUUCAUCGUGACAGUGAAGAGGCUGAAGGAUGCCAGGUAUCCUCGGCUGGAGGAAUUCAGGAGGCACAUGGAGGUACUGGGCAGGCUCAGGCAUCCCAAUCUCGUCCCUCUCAGGGCUUAUUUCCAGGCUAAGGAGGAACGUCUUCUCGUAUACGAUUACUUCCCCAAUGGUAGCCUCUUCUCUCUGAUACACGGUACGUUUUCCCGUCUCUCCAUCUCCUUAUCCAUUCCUUCUCUCACUCUGUUUCGUCCUUUCAUUUCAGUGUGA